AUGGGUUUGAGGAACUCUUGGGUAUUGUGCUUGGCACUUAUGCUAACAUUCUCUUCAGCCAUUCAUGGCUUGGACAUCACAAAACUGCUAAGCCAAUACCCAGAAUUUUCACAGUUCAACAAAUACCUAACCGAAACCAAGCUGGCAGAACAAAUCAACAGUGGUAAAAAAGUCACAAUCCUUGCCCUUGAUAACAAAGCACUCUCUUCCCUCUCUGGUAAAUCCCAAGAAACCAUCAAAGCAAUCAUCGGAACACACGUUCUCCCUGAUUACUACGAUGAGAAAAAACUCGUUGAAGCUCAAGGUAGCCACACCAAAUUGCAAACCCUAUUUGGAGCCUCUGGUGCAGCCAAGAACGAUCAGGGUUACAUCUAUGUUAACCUCAUUAACGAGGGUGAAGUUGCAUUUGCUUCCGCUGUUGAGGGUUCUCCUUAUAAAACCUUGCUUGUGAACACUGUCACCAACCAACCUGAAACCGUUGCGGUUCUUCAGGUCACAGAACCCAUUGUUGCACCUGGUGUUGAAUCAUCAUCAUCAUCAUCAUCACCAGUUGUUGAAAACGAAGAGAGUCUUAUUGCUGAGUCACCUGCAGAGGCACCAGCUCCUAGCAGCUCUUCUCGCACCCAGGUCAUGGGCUUCGUUGGUGUAGUUAUGGCUUUGGCUUCAUUUUUUGUCUCUUUUUAA